AUGACUGCAAGUCUCAUCCAAGCAGGCGCAUCGGCUCGACUUGAAGGAUUAAACGGUCUUGCAGGAGAAGAUGUCCAGCGAGCCAAGUCACGACUUGAACAGGCCUUGCAUGAGAUGACAGAAGAGCAAUUUAACUGGGCUAUGCUCCUCAGUAUGAGUCGCAAAAGAAACUUCUGGGCCCUCCUCGGGUUGAAGAUACUCUUCUGGAACUCUGGCACGAAUACCACCGCCGGUGGCUAUCCGUUGUGGCUGAAAGGUCUUUAUUGGUACUCGAUUAGCAAACCAAAUGAUCUCGCCACAACUGUGUCAGUUCUUGGAAUCUUGGAUACACUUUUUAUCUGUUUCACGUCUGAGUUGUUCUAUGGUCCUGCAUGGGCUAUAUCAGUCCACAACGUUUGA